AUGUCCACCGUCAAGCAGUCCGCCCAGGCCGCAACAACGUCAGAUGUCGUUGGCACAGCUAAGAGCGCCACGGCCGAGACGGUCACCGCCGCCACCGACUUCCUCCACACUCCCGCCGUUCGAGCAGCCCUCCCCUUCACCAACGGCGGUCUCAGCGGCAUGGUGGCCACGACGGUCAUCCAGCCCAUCGACAUGAUCAAGGUGCGCAUCCAGCUCGCCGGCGAGGGCAAGGCCGGCGGCCCCAAGCCGACCCCCCUCGGCGUCACCCGCGACAUCAUCGCCAGUGGAAAGGCCAUGGACCUCUACACCGGCCUCUCAGCCGGUCUCCUCCGCCAAGCGGUAUACACCACGGCCCGCAUCGGCUGCUUCGACACCUUCAUGGGCCGGCUCUCGGCGCGGGCCAAGGAGAAGGGCCAAACGGUUGGCUUCUCGGAACGCGCCUCGGCCGGUCUCGCAGCCGGUGGUCUCGCUGCCAUGAUCGGCAACCCGGCCGAUCUCGCCCUCAUCCGCAUGCAAAGCGACGGUCUCAAGCCCGUGGUCGAGCGCAAGAACUACAAGUCGGUCAUCGACGCCCUUGGCGGCAUCGCGCGCAACGAAGGCGUGGCUGCCCUCUGGGCCGGCGCCGCCCCGACAGUGGUGCGCGCCAUGGCGCUCAACUUUGGUCAGCUGGCGUUCUUCUCGGAGGCGAAGGCACAGCUGAAGGCUAGGACGGAGUGGUCGAGCAAGACACAGACGCUCAGCGCGAGCGCCGUGGCCGGGUUCUUUGCCAGUUUCUUCAGCUUGCCGUUUGACUUUGUCAAGACCAGACUGCAGAAGCAGACCAGAGGCCUGGAUGGAAAGCUGCCGUAUAAUGGCAUGGUGGAUUGCUUUGCUAAGGUGGCGAAGCAGGAAGGGAUCUUCAGAUUUUAUAGAGGGUUCGGGACGUAUUAUGUGCGGAUUGCGCCGCAUGCGUAA